ACACAGGAGAUGGCGUACAUUGUCCUUGUGGGAUUCCGUGGCCGUGUCGAUGGCAUACCGGCUUCCUACGCGGGCAAUGCAGUGGGGAACGUCGCCGCCAAAUCCACCGCCGGCGAUAUCGUGGACAAGGGCCUGGGCUGGACGGCAUGGCUCCUGAACCGGACCAUUGCGUCGUUUGAUGAAGCCAUCACUAGGGACAAGCUCGCGUCCUGGCCACAACAGCCUAGCUUCAUGCACCUUCCCGCGCUCUUGGCGGCCGCUGCCACGGGCACGAUCACAGGAAGCUCGCCGCGGUUCAAUGUGUACGGGAACGACUUCGGGUGGGGCGCGCCGGUGGCCGUUCGGAGCGGCUCAGGGAACAUGGUGGAUGGGAAGGCGACUGUGUAUGCAAGCCGAGCCGGCGGAGGGAGCAUGGCGCUGGAGGUGUGCCUCGCUCUAGAGGCGCUCGCUAGGCUCGUCGCCAAUGAGGAGUUCAUGAGCGCCACCGGUACCGUUGAAUAA